AUGCUGGGCUUCUUCUACCGGGCCGAAAAGAAAGAUCGCGUGUCUCGAAAGCGCAAGUCUCAGAGGAAUAAGAUGAUUCAAUUGAUCUUUGUCCGAACAUCAUUCACCGGUCGGUGGGCGGGAGUUGCAGGCAUUAUGGUUUCGUUCACGGGCGAAAAAGGCGGGCUACCAUCAAAGGACAUUGUCGCCGAAGCUAUCGGAACGCAAGAUACAAUUGGUAUGAUUGAUGAUUCGGCCGCCGUCGCGCUGGUUGCAAAGAACAAUUACGAUAAGGAUUGCGAGAGCGAUGGGAACAGCGAUUCGUUCAUGAUUGGCAUUUUGACUAUCAACGAGAUUCGGCAGACCCGGCAAAUUGAGAAGCAAAUAAUGAUAUUUAUGUCCGGGAUGUUGAAGAUCCAUCGGUUUCGAGACCGCCUGGUUAUAAUCAAGGAACAGCGUAUUCAAUUGUUGCAGGCCUUGACGGUCGAUAUGGACAAGUAUAUGAUAUGA